GCCUCGCCCACUCUCGUGAUGGACGCAAAAGUCGGCGAAAUGGCGGCUUGGAUCGACAUGGCAUUUAUGAAAUGGACACCUCAAUGGCUGCAUCGUCGCUCGAGUGCCAAUACUCGUACAAGCCGUGCUCGAACCCGCGCACGACCAAGCGCAACGGCAGCCUCCACCUCCUCUGCGAGUUUCACCGCCAAAAAGCCAACCGGAUCCAGCAAGUCUACACCAACAAGAAGCGCGCGCAGCGACACCACGCUGCGAACAAGACGACCCAGCAAUUGUCGCUCAAGGACGAGCCCGCGCUGCCGUUGAGUCCGGUGGAGCUCGCUGCGCACUGGGCAUCGACCGACUUGUUCUCGUCGCUCUGGAGCGACGAGAGCUUUUCUCCGUGCUGGAACGCUGGAUCGCCCAUCAUGACGCACGAGGAAGUGGCCAUUCUCAACGAGCUCUUUUAGCAUCACCAAUUCUCUCUCUGUGGGCGGCCGAUCUGGCGCCUUUACAACACCCAAGUUUAUGUAACGUGAUUAAUUUACUGUUAGAAACGUGUUUUCCACA